GGAAGGGGCGCGUUUUUUGCAUUUAUAAUAUAGGCGCUGCUUUUUACCUAGUGCCGCGGCCUAGUUGUAAGUAGUGGGUGUCGUCGUUGCGGCCUAGUCGUAAUCAAUUUUCAUCCGGUCUUAGGUGCAGAUUUGUUGCAGUGAUGGCUGUUCAUGAAACCAGACCCAACAACACUAUUUACAUUAACAACCUCAACGAAAAAAUAAAGAAGGAUGAGCUGAAGAAAUCCCUGUAUGCCAUCUUCUCGCAGUUCGGGCAGAUCCUUGAUAUCUUGGUGUCCCGCAGCCUAAAGAUGAGGGGGCAGGCGUUUGUCAUUUUCAAGGAAGUCAGCAGUGCUACCAAUGCCUUAAGAUCUAUGCAGGGGUUUCCCUUCUAUGAUAAGCCAAUGAGAAUCCAAUACUCCAAGUCAGACUCCGACAUAAUCGCCAAAAUGAAAGGAACCUUUGUGGAGAGGGACCGCAAACGUCAAGAGAAGAAAAAAGUAAUCAAAGUCCCUGAACCUGUACCGAUAAUGAAAAAAGGUGUUCCAGGUGCAGCUGCUGUUCCAGGGCAGAUGUCGGGCAUGCAGAAUAUUCCUGGCAUGGCGCAGGCACCGCGCAUGAUGCAUAUGGCUGGUCAGGGACCAUACAUGCACCACCCAGGCAUGAUGCCGCCACCAGGAUUAGGGCCUGGACAAAUGCCACCUGGAGGUUUGCCUCAUGGACAGAUGAUGCCUGGACAGAUGGCACCCAUGCAGCCAAUUUCAGAGAAUCCACCCAACCACAUCCUCUUCCUUACAAACCUCCCAGAAGAGACCAACGAGUUGAUGCUCUCGAUGUUGUUCAACCAGUUCCCUGGCUUCAAAGAGGUCCGUCUUGUCCCUGGACGCCACGAUAUCGCCUUUGUGGAGUUUGAUAACGAUGUGCAGGCUGGAGCUGCCAGAGACUCUCUGCAAGGGUUCAAAAUCACACAGAGCAACUCUAUGAAAAUAUCGUUUGCUAAAAAAUGAGAACAAGAAGAAACUUUUAGGCUUUCCAAUCUCAAGAUUUUACCCUGUUUUUAUACUUUUGGAUCGUUCCUCAUUUGGCAAACAUGCUAUUUCAGUUUACUGAUGUCUGUGUAUUACUGCACCGGACGCAUGUUUAUUUUUUUUCAAUUCUAUUGCUGUUAUGGUGUGACAUCCAGUGUCCCCCGUCCAUCCUGCUUAUAUUGGUGAGUAUGAUGGUUUUUCUGGAGUUUUUUGUUUACAUGACUUUGUACAAAAUGUGAAAGCAUUGCACCCAGAGUCUGCAACACAGACAUAGAACCUGGAGCUUCUGUUAAUAAAACAAAAUUGGUUACAA